AUGUGUCGUCAAACAGUCUGUGUCGACUGCAGUGUUUUGCAUGAGAGCGCUCAGGCCUCGACAGCGAUUGAACAUUGCUUUCCCUCCCUUGCAGGCAGCGAGGAAGCACAAGACCAGGACGAUACGUCAUCCAGCCCGCAGCAGCAGGAGACGGGCACCACCGCAGACAUGGAAGCCAAGAGCAGCAACCUUGGCUGGACCUUGAGGAAGCAGGUGGAAGCACUGCUGCACGCGAUGGCAUAUAUCAAGAUGCUACAGACUCAGAAAGGAGGCAGCGUGGACGGGACGAGGCUGCCCUGCCUGACUAGAAUGAGAAAGAGGUAA